AUGAGUAGUGAAGGUCCAGUUAAGAUUGUAGGAAUUAACCAUGGAGAUGUUACAUUUUUUUGCCAGUCUCCAGAUGACAAUAAUGAACAACACAGCUUACAAAACAAGCUCCGUGCUAACAGAAGUGUUCUUGCUGCUGCCAGCCGGUUCUUUUCCAUCCUGUUACCUGAUUGUGAGUUAGACCUAGAUGUCUGCAUCUCAAUUGAUCUGAGCUUUGAAGAACUGUUUUGUGUUCUUGAGUACAUCUAUUCUGGGAAGCUGCUGUGUUCAGUCAAAAGCAAAGACAGAAUUUUAAGUAUUCUCAAAGAAUUUGAUAUUUUCGUGCCUGAUCAUCUACAGAAUUCAGUAGACUGUGGAAGAAAUGGAAGUAGUGAGGCAGAAGUGGAAAUAAUAUUUGAAGAAGCCAUUGCAAGUGAACCAAAAACUACUAAAGAUCCCACAAACAUUUCAGAGGAUAAAUCUCCCUUUGCAACUUCUGCCGAUGUUCGUGUAGUAAAUAGUGGAGAACUAAUUUUACGAGAACCCAAUAUUUCAAGCUCCAAUGAAGAUCCCUUCCAGUAUGAAGAAAAGCUUCCAGAAAAAUUCUCAAACAGUCAUAAGAUGUACAGCAACAAAAGUAAAACUCAUUGUGGAUCAAAAAUGGCUAUUCUGAAUUCAAACACCAAUGUUACUGAAACCAUUGUUGAACCGGAAAUCUCCAGACAUAAAGAUCCGGUCUUCACCGUAGUCACCAACCAACCCACUUCGCUGGAAGAAACGCUUGAAAGUAUCGUAUCGUCAGAGAUUGUAGCGGUUGAACCUCAAGAUAACCCAUCGCUAAGUAAUUGUGAUGCAGACCGUUACGCUGCAGUUCCCUGCCCAGAUUCUUGGCAGUACGACUUUGAGCGCACUAAAAAAGGGAAAAAGAAGAAAAUUACAUUUGUUGAGGAAGAGACUGAAGACAGUGACCAAGAUCCCGAAGAUCAAGACCAAGAAGAUUCUCUUGGUUACGAAGAAAAUCAAGAAGUCAAAAGUAAAUCAGCAGUACAAACAUCUAACCAGUCUGACGAUCAAAGUAAUGGUUUUGAACCUCCGCUCAACUUUGAACUAGCUGCAAAAAAGCUGGAUUCUUGUUUAGAUCAAAGUACAUCUACCCUAAGAUCGGAUGUGAAGCCUAGUUUGAAAGGAAUCGGAUGUUCUAGUUCAUUUGAGGAUCUCACUCCAAACCUGGACGUGAGUGAUAGUGCUGAAGAAGAAGAUAUUAUUCCUAAGUUGAAGUGCACACAAAACAAUGAAACCUCAAACGUCGAAGAACUAUUGGCCCUCUGCUCGGGAAAAUUCCCUGAUUCACUUUCUGGAAGAGACACGCAAAUAAGUAGUUUAACUGAAAAUGCAGAUGACGAAUCUGAUGAAGAAGUUAAGCCGUUCGCAAGAAUAAUUCCAAUGGCUGAUGAGGAUGACGAGGAAGAUGGCUCCAGUAGUGCUCUCCCAAAAUUCGUUUCUGAAAAUGACGCUGAUGAACCUGGAACUGUGCCUUCCUUUUUAGAGGAUGGAGAAAAAUCCCUGUCAAAGGUGAAAAAAGGGCCCGUGUUUGUCUGUCAGAUGACGAAGAUGAAACUAUCGAUGAAAACCAUUCGUUUGUCGAAGAAGAGGAAAUGCAUGAAGAGGAACGAGAAUUUAGAGGUCUGACUGAGUUUUUUGAAGACGAGGCUGAACUGUCCGGUUCCGAACUUGGCAGCGGUGACGAACGAGAAGACGAAAUGGAUGACUGGGAGGAGGAGGAAGGCGAUAAGGAGGAUAUUGAUGAAAACGAAGUUGGUGAGCAAGUUGGAAGAGCCCAUAUGAAGACAAUGCUUGAUCAAGACCAGCGUGAAGUUCGACUUUUUCAAGAGCUUUUUCUCGAAGAUGGAGAUUUGCAUUCUGAUGGCGGUGGAAGGCAAAGACAAUUUCGGUGGAAACAGGCUGAUGGUGAAAAUACUGAGGGAGACGCUAAGAGCUGGUUCUAACAGCCCUAGAACAAGCAAAUUUGACUCUGAACGUCGAUAAAUGUGUUUUUGGCUCAACCAUGGUGUCGCAUUUAGGACACGUAGUUGAUGCGGAAGGUAUUCGCCCAGAGAGUGAAAAAGUUCGAGCCCUAACGACAAUGCCGGUAACUAAUCUGAAGUCCUUACGUGGGUUUUUAGGUCUCGCUUCAUAUUAUCGGCGUUUCAUACCAGACUUUGCAUCCCUUGCGCACCCCUUACACUUACUUUUGAAGAAGAAUGCUGGAUGGAGAUGGACCGAGCGUCAAGAAUGCGCAAAGAACAGGAUCGUC